GGAGUCAACGCGAAGCUGGCACCCUUUGCUGCUGGUACGACGCGGGAGGUAGAAAGCCUUCCUGGAAGGAGCGAAUGCCUCUGUGCGCAAAGCGGCACGCACCGAGCGCACAACAGGCAACUUUCGCCAACGAGGCGAGGGAGAGCCGGAACGUGAAGGGCAGCUACGAGUGCAGAAGAGAACCGGGUGGGCUCCGGGAAUAUGAAUGAGCCGCGCACUCUGCAGUCGGCCCAGCCGGCUGGCGACUCGAGCCGCUGAGGCAGCGUUGCCGGGAGCGAAGAACACGGCGCGAGUUUCCCGCAACAGGAAGGCGAGAGAGAACCAUGCGGAGUCUCGCCCGGGUAACGCGGCUGGUGGGUUUCCUUUCCGUUCUCUUCACGAGGACGUGGGAACUGCAACUGCACCCCAAGCAAGAGACUUUAUUGAAACAUUUGUCAUCAUAUGAAAUAGUGACACCUAUGCGAGUGAAUGAUUUUGGAGAGAUUUUCCCUCAUGCUAACCACUUCAAAAGGAGGAAAAGGAGUACCCUAGCUGAUGCCAUUCCUUUCAGGACCCACUAUCGCUUCAGAGCCUAUGGACAGGUUUUCCAGCUGAAUCUGAGUGCUGACACCAGCUUCAUUGCUCCUCACUACACGGAGGAGCACAUUGGGGCCACAGAAAGUCAUCUUCCCUCUGAUUUGCAGCACUGUUUCUAUCAUGGAUAUGUGGAUGCAAAGGAAACACACAGAGCAGUCUUCAGCCUCUGUGGUGGCCUGAUGGGCACAUUUAAGUCCCAUGAUGGUGAAUACUUUCUAGAACCCUUGAUGACCAUAGGUGACGAUGAACAUCAGGAUGAAUGUAACAAGCCCCAUCUUAUAUACAAAUAUGAAGAAUUUAAAAAAGAUCCCCAUCUGAAUUCUUACAAACCUUGUGAGAUUUCAGAUGACACAAAAGACACAUUACUGUUUCCAAAUGGAACCAACUCGCUCAAUUAUAUAAAUGCCAAGCAAGAAAACUCAUUUUUAAAGUAUGCUUUUAAUAACCUAUCCAUAGAGAAUGAAAGAAAUAUUCCACAUUCUCGGAAAAAGCGUUUUCUUUCCUAUCCAAGAUACGUAGAGGUGAUGGUUACAGCUGAUGCCAGAAUGGUUGAGCACCAUGGACGGAACUUACAGCAUUAUGUAUUAACACUUAUGUCAAUAGUUGCAACAAUCUAUAAGGACUCAAGUAUAGGAAAUCAAAUAAAUAUAAUGAUUGUAAAAUUAAUUUUAAUUCACAAUGAACAGGAAGGACCAGCUAUCAGUUUUAAUUCAGCUACUACUCUUCGCAAUUUCUGUUUGUGGCAACAAACACAAAACAUCCUGGAUGAUGCUCAUCCUUCUCACCAUGAUACUGCAGUUCUUAUCACUAGGGAAGAUAUAUGCAGAGCAAGAGAAAAAUGUGAUACCUUAGGUUUAGCUGAAUUGGGUACAAUGUGUGACCCACUGCGCAGCUGUUCUAUCAGUGAGGAAAAUGGAUUAAGUUCUGCAUUUACAAUAGCACAUGAACUUGGACAUGUUUUUAAUGUCCCUCAUGAUGACAGUUUUAAAUGUAAAGAAGUUGGAAUGAAGUAUCAGUACCAUGUGAUGGCUCCAACUUUAAAUUACCAUUCAAGCCCAUGGACUUGGUCAAAAUGUAGUCAGAAAUAUAUUACUGAAUUCCUUGAUUCUGGUUACGGGGAAUGUCUUCUAGAUAAACCAGCUGGAAGAAUCUAUGACCUUCAGUCACAGUUACCUGGUUCAUUGUAUGAUGUGAACAAGCAGUGUGAGCUUAUGUUUGGUCCUGGGUCACAAGUAUGUCCUUAUAUGAAACAGUGCAAACGUUUAUGGUGUACAAGUGCAGAAAGUAUUCACAAAGGCUGCCGCACCCAGCAUAUGCCACUCGCUGAUGGAACUGAAUGUGGUCAUGGAAUGCAUUGUCAGCAUGGGAUUUGUGUAAGCAAAGGAAUGGAAAGAGCUGCUGUAGAUGGACAAUGGGGAUCUUGGGGACCAUACAGUUCAUGUACCAGAACAUGUGGAGGUGGCAUCAAAAGUUCAACCAGAUUGUGUAAUCAUCCUGAGCCAAAGCAUGGAGGAAUAUACUGUGUUGGUCGCAGGAUGAAAUUUCGAUCAUGUAGUAUCAAUUCAUGCCCAAAAGGGAAACAAGAGUUUCGAGAGCAGCAGUGUUCUGAAUUUGAUGGUAAACAUUUCAACAUUAAUGGAUUAACAUCUGCUGUUCGCUGGCUUCCAAAAUAUAGUGGCAUUUCUGUGAAGGAUCGCUGUAAGCUUUUUUGUCGUGUUUCUGGCACAACAUCUUACUAUCAGCUGAAAGACAGAGUUGUGGAUGGUACUCCCUGCGGAAAAGAUACUUAUGAUAUAUGUGUUCAGGGUUUAUGCAGGCAAGCUGGCUGUGAUCAUGUUUUAAAUUCUAAGGCCAAAAGAGAUAAGUGUGGAAUCUGUGGUGGUGAUAAUUCAUCAUGUAGGACCCUUUCAGGUACUUUCAACAGUGCUCAUUAUGGCUACAACAUUGUAAUAAAAAUCCCCAUAGGAGCAACAAACCUUGAAAUAUAUCAGCACAGCUAUUCAGGGAACCCAGAAGAUGAUAACUAUCUUGCAUUAUCCAACACUCAAGGGAUUUUUUUUCUGAAUGGAAAUUUUGUGGUAAGCCUGUCAAAGAAGGAAAUCACUAUGUUUGGAGUUGAUUUUGAGUACAGUGGUUCAAACAAUACCAUAGAGCGAAUAAACACCACUGGAUGGCUUGAAGAGGACAUUCUCUUGCAGGUCUUGUGUGUUGGGAAUUUGUACAGCCCUGAUGUGCGCUAUUCGUUCAGUAUUCCUGUAGAAGAUGGGAAUGAUCUGUUUACAUGGAAUGCAUAUGGGCCAUGGCAAGUCUGCAGCAAAAUGUGCCAAGGUCUUCAAAGAAGAAAGGUUACAUGCAUAAGGAAGACUGAUCAUUUGGAGUUAUCUGAUGAAAGAUGUGAACAUAUAGCACUGCCCAAAACCAUAACAGAACCAUGCAAUACAGAUUGUGAAUUAAGGUGGCAUAACAGUGGCAAAAGUGAGUGCUCAGCUCGGUGUGGCCCAGGGUAUCGGUCUUUAGACAUCCACUGUAUGAAGUACUCUGUUUCAAAGGAACUGAGUGUUCCAGUGGAUGAUAAAUACUGUGCUGAUCAAGAGAAACCACCAAUUCGAGAAUCCUGUCAUGGAGACUGUCUUCUAACAAGCUGGCAUUACACAGGAUGGUCAGAGUGUUCUAGGAGUUGUGAGCAAGGUACAAGAACCAGAGAAGCUUUCUGUAUGAACAACUUUGGUCAUCGCCUUGCAGAUAGAGAAUGCAAUAAAUUUCCAAAGAUGGUUGCUCAGAACUGCAACGAGUUUUUGUGUCCCAGCUGGAUUGCUAGUGAUUGGAGUGAGUGUUCCGUGACAUGUGGGAAGGGUACACAACAUCGACAAGUAUGGUGUCAAGUGAAUGAUGAACAAUUGCAACAUGCUUUCUGCAGUCGGAACUCUGUACCAGAAUCAGAGAGAUUGUGCGAACUUAAUGACUGUGCAGCGUGGCAAGUAGGACCAUGGGGAGUUUGCUCUGUGACAUGUGGGCAUGGUUACCAAAUGCGCGCUGUCAAAUGCGUUUCUGGUAUUUAUGGAACUAUUUUGGAUGAUGAAACAGAGUGUAAUUCUGCUAUUCGUCCACGAGACAACCAGGAAUGUGAAAUGUCUUCUUGCACAGAAAUAAUUAAACUAUGGCCAGUAUCACUUCCUGUCAUCCAGACUGACAAAGUGACUCAGUGGAGAUUUGGAUCAUGGACUCCAUGUUCUGCAACUUGUGGAAGAGGAAAUCGUGCUCGUUAUGUAACCUGUCGGGAUGGUUAUGGCAGAGUAGCAGAAGAAUCAUUUUGUGCACAUUUACCCAGACCAGAAGAACUUGCAAGCUGUUUUAAUCCAUGUGGAGUUUGGCAAGCUGGAAGUUGGUCACCUUGCACAGUUACAUGUGGUAAUGGAAUAGUAACAAGACAAGUUGUCUGUGUCAACCACCAUCAACAAAUUGAUGAGAAUUACUGUGAUCCUGAAGGCCGUCCAGCAAAAGAACAAGAAUGUAAAAUGCCACCCUGCCACCAUGAAUACCCAGGCUAUUUGGUAGAUCAGGACUAUCCUUCAGUACUCAAAGUCCAGCAUUCUCAAGACAAUGCAGGAAACCAUCCUUCUCCUGGAGGAAACCAAUGGAGAACAGGACCUUGGGGAGCAUGCUCAAGUACUUGUGCUGGUGGGUUUCACCAUCGGGUUGUGGUGUGCCAGAAUGGAGAUGGAAGAAGUGCCAGCUUCUGUGAUGUGACAAUGAAACCACCUGCCUCAAAGAAUUGUGAUUUGGGUCCCUGUCCAAGAUGGAACUAUGGAAACUGGGGAGAAUGUACUCAAACAUGUGGAGAUGGAGUGAAAACAAGAUUAGUGAUCUGCCAGCUUCCCAAUGGUCAAGUGUUGAGUGAUCAAAACUGUGAAACACUAGAAAAACCACCUAAUGCAGCACAAUGUAACUUACAUUCAUGUCCUGAUGAAGUUUCAUGGCAUCGUGGACCGUGGGAACUGUGUUCUGUAUCCUGCGGGAAGGGAUUAAAGUAUCGUGCUGUGCUUUGUGUUAACAACAACCUCCAAACUCAUCUAGAGGACAAUGCAUGCAAACAUUUAAAGAAACCUCGAACUCACAAAGCUUGCAGAACUACCAGGUGUCCUGCAUGGCAAGUCAGCAAGUGGAAGGAGUGUUCUGUGACUUGUGGAGUAGGUGUUCAGCAACGUGAUGUCUACUGCAGGCUGAGAGGUAGUGGUCCAGUUAAUGAACUUAUGUGUGAUCAACUUACUCAACCUGUUAGUAAGAGAUCCUGUUCACUGCUUGGCUGUGCAUGGUAUGAGUGGGUGGCUGAAGAAUGGCAAAAUUGCUCCUCAUCAUGUAAAAAAAGGGAAACCCACCGAAGAGUGAAAUGUAUGAAUCAAAAUGGGAUCCAAGUGAAUGAAAGUUUCUGCAAUACAGAAAAGAAACCUUCAUCUAUUAAGAAGUGCAAAAUUAUUUCCUGUAAAUACAUUGUGAUUACAGUAGACACAUCACAGUGUCCAGCUCGAUGUUAUCUUGACCAUGCACAAAAGAUGACGUUCUGUGUCGAAGCCAGUGGUGCCUGGAAUAAUCGUGGCUCCGGCCUGCAAUCUGUAGUUUACCAAGACUGCCCGCUGUUACCAUCCCAAUUAUUGAAGGAAUGUAAUGUUAGGACUUGCCUGUAUGCCGCAAUGUGGCAGGUUGGAAAAUGGAACAAGUGUUCAGUGCUUUGUGGAACAGGGAUACAAGAAAGAAGAGUAGAAUGCAGGACGGAAAAUAGUUCAUCCAGUGAUUUAUGUAUAUUACAUUUAAAACCACAAGCCAGAAGGAUUUGUCAUGCAGCAGACUGUGAACCAUUAACCAGCUGCAAAGAAAUCCAGAUGAAUAAAAACAUUAGGAAGGAUGGUGAAUACCUACUUACCGUUAAAGGAAGAAUGAUAAAGAUUUAUUGUUCAGACAUGAAGCUUCAGAAUCCCAAAGAAUAUUUAACAUUGGUGAAAGGGCAAGAAGACAACUUUGCAGAAGUAUAUGGAUAUCGACUUCAAAAUCCAUAUGAGUGUCCUUUUAAUGGAAAUAGGCAGAAAGGCUGCACAUGCAGAAAUGACUAUCCUGCAGCUGGCUACACUGUUUUUAGAAAAAUAAGACUUGAUCUCAAUUCUCUGGAAAUUAAAACUACUGAUUUCCGCUUUGCUCACACGAUAUUGGGGAAACCUGUUCCAUUUGCCACAGCUGGAGAUUGCUAUAGUGCUGCAAAAUGCCCACAGGGGCAGUUUGGGAUUAAUUUGGCAGGCACUGGACUGAGACUUUCUACUACUGCAAAAUGGAUUGCUCAGGGAAAUUAUGCUACAGUUCAGAUACAUAAAUCUCAAGAUGACACUAAGAUAUAUGGAAGAUGUGGAGGAUUUUGUGGCAAGUGCGUUCCUGAUACAGGCACUAGUCUCCCUCUUCAAAUACAAUAAGAAUAAAGGAAUCAGUGCUGUGAUUUUGUCAGUUCAUUCACAUCUGUCAUGUUUGUUCAGAAUUCCUCAUCAUUCAGUGAAUUAAUUCAAAGGAUUAAAACCAUUUCAACCAUAUUUAUUGGAAGCAUGUGCAUAGACAACAAUACUAAACCACCAGGUCUUUGUAGAGGCAGUAAUCACAGUCUUGGCUCUGGUAAGUUCUACCAGACAGGCCAGGUAGCCACUCAGUGUGGCACAAAUCAAGAGCUGCUGGCUAUGCUGGAAGCAGUACACUGGGCUUUUGUGCUUCUUUAGUAUGACCAAUUUCCCAUAAAAUCUCUGUGAGGGUAUAAGAGUACACAGUCUUAAGGUUUCUUCACUCCUUAAGAUGCUAAGUGCACACCUAGAUUUUAAUGUGUUAGUCUACAACUGAAAAGUGUGACAAAAAACAAACAGAUGUUUCCAACACCUGUAGUGCACAGGUAUACUUUUCCAGGAGCCAGAACCGGUUGCAGCCCCUGUCACUUGGUGGCUGACUGGUUGGUACUGCAUAUUAUGUUAAGACUUCAUUUGUAUCAAAAUAUUUCUGUUACCACACUAGCCAUGUAAAUUGUUAUAUUUCUGAUGCUGUUACCUCAUGUACCAGGAGAGUAUGCUGUGCAUGAGCCUCCUAUUACAUGUGGUCAUUAUGUUGUGUGACAAAGUCAAAACAUAUAUUUUACAGCAUAGGUAAGCACAAUCAGAAACCCAGGUUUUUAGGGGCAAAUGUUUGCGUGUAGUGAAGCCUGAAAAUCCCUAUGUUGCCUUAUUCACACAAAACAGUGAUCAUGAAUAACUAGAGGAUUUUAUGUAUGUGAGGCAGCAGUGCCAAAAAUGUAACACUUGAACAGGCCAAUAGUCUUAUUUGGCCCUUUAUAGUACUGCUUAUGAUAUUACUGAGUGAAAUGGACCUCACACUAAUCUGUAAUGAAUGAUUUUUGGUCCCUAAAUCUAUACCAAACUUCAGUCAUUUCCUUGGUACAUCCUUAAUAUCAGUGUUGGGUUUUGUUGUGUGAACAGAAAGCAUUUUUGGCACCUAAUGUUGGGAAAUCCUACCUCAUACCCAAAUGUAUACUAUUAAAAAUCUGAAUUGUAUAUAA